AUGGCAAGUUCUGGGUCUUCGUCACAUUCCUCGAGCGAAAGUGAGAGCCGUAUGGAGAUUUCGGAAUUAGAUGGAUACAAGGCACCGUAUAUCUACAAACUUGAUAAAAUUCAGUUUUGCUCGAAGAUAAAUACGAGAUGUUAUCCGGCUCAGACACUGAAGAAGCUGAAAGACCUACUAACAAACGAGGAAUGGAUGUACUUUAGCAAAGAGUCACAGUUUCAACAUCUGUUUCACACCAAAUUCGAAGAGACACUGAAGAUGGCACCUGCUGCAUUCCUCAUCAACCACGCAGUGUUGGUCGAGGACAAUUGCGAGCUAUGGUUUGUCGUCAAUGGAGUACCCAUCAGGUACUCCAUCGUGGAGCACGCCUUGAUAUCGGGAUUGAAAUGCGGUGAAUGUCUGCCAGGGUGGGAGUACAAAAGGAAAGAUAAGUUCAGACUGAAGAUGUUUGGGAAUCGAAAAGUGUCUAAGCAAAAUGUUCUUAGACAACUUGAGAAGACGCCAAUCGCUAAGGUUGCUGAUCGGAAUUAG